UUGUGAUAUUACAACUUCCGGAAAGCUUGUCUGUGAAGCUGCUGCGGCCCAAGCAAAGCCGGAAGCAGGAGAUGCGCAUGUAGAGCUGUGCUGGCACAGGGAUUAAAUGCCAGAAGGUUGUAGCACUACCCAAGGAAGGGUUUGCAAGAGGUAUUCCGUAAAGAGAGAAUAACCUACAGUCAGAUUACUUUUGAUUGCUAUUUAUGAAAUGGAGCUUCCAAAUUACAGCAGACAGUUACUUCUGCAACUACACACAUUGUGUAAAGAGCAAAAGUUCUGCGACUGCACAAUUUUUAUUGGUACUUUUCAGUUCCGAGCUCAAAAGCUUGUGCUCGCUGCUGCCAGCUUACUGUUUAAGUCGUUGCUGGAAAGUACUGACACUAUAUCCAUAGAUGCUUCAGUUGUGACUGCAGAUGAAUUUUCCUUACUAAUGGAAAUGAUGUACUCAGGGAAGCUGCCUCCUGGAAAACACAAUUUGACAAAAAUCAUUUCGGUUGCAGAUAGUCUGCAAAUGUUCGAUGUGGCUGUCAGCUGUAAAAACCUCCUGACCGAACUUAUGAGUCACUCCACUCAAAGUCAGAAGUUAAAAGAGAGUUCAGUCCAGUCAUUAACUGUAAAUAAAAUUGAAAUUUACUCUAAACAGAAUUCCUUGAAUGUAAAAAAUAUUUCUAGUGAACUUACACCUGCCGAGCAUAAAGUUUCUCCAGUUUCAACAGCCGCUCCUUUUGUUUCUCCUGCUGAAAAAUCAAACCCGGACAAAUGUCCAGACACCCCCCCAGUUGCAACAAAGCUCGAGACUGAAGCUGAUUUGCACACAGCCAGCAAUUUUUUUGCUGAAACAACCACCGAGAUGGCGUCUUCUUCAGAAAUCUUGGAAAACAAUAUUUCCUCACAGAUAUUAGAGAGUCUGUCCGUAACUCCCGAAACUGAGAAUGUUCCAGAAAAAUUAGCUGAAGUUUCCGAUACAGAUGGAGCUGACAAUAUAGCAAGCCUUCUGGAAACUGAAAUUGUAUCAUCUGUUUCCGAAGUGCAAGAUAACAGUCCUGAAAGUGUUGAGGAAGAAAGUAAAGAAAAGGUUACAGAGUCUGACUUAAUAUCAAAGGAUUCUUGCAUCACAGCAAUGUUAUGCUCCCCUAUCCAAACUGAUAAACCAGUUGAAAUAGAGGAGGAAGCUGAACCUGCUAUGAAGAAAAGAAGAUUAAAUGAACCAGAAACAGAUGGAACUUCUGAUGAAUUGGAUUUUCUAAUACGCUAUGAAAGUAUCUUCAGUGAGGCCCUUUCAGACCCUCAGAGUGUAAUAGAAAAUCUCCAACGGUGUCAAGAAAUUAAAGAAGCUGAAAAACAGGCAGUGAUGGAGUGUUGCCAAGCAGAAGAAGGUAGUUCAACUUUUGCAAAGCUUUUAGAAAAAGUUAAAGAUGGGCAAAGCAUUGUUGUCGAUACCGUUCUGGCUUUGCUGAAAUUGUGCAGGCAUACAAAUCCAAGUGUUAAUAAAGCACUCUUAGAGAAAGAACCAGUACAAAAAGAAUUGUUGGUAAAAGAAGCACCUGUCACUGAAGAAAAGGGAAAAUCUUUAUUUGAACUAUUGUUGGAACAUAAAGAAGAUCUUAUACAGUGCAUUACAGAGCUUAGUCCUAUUAUUGAGUGUUUGGACACAGCAGAAGAAGGAUUUAUCAGCACACUUGAGAAACAGGUGAUUCUUGAUUGCUGUGAAGGUGGAUCACAUCGAAAAGCCAUGGAGAGGCUAGUGAGGAAAGCAUCAGAAACAAAGACAUUGAGUCCUAAUAGCCUGGUAAAACUUCUACAAGCUGUGAGGGAAGCAUUUCCUGAUCUGCACGCUUUGCUUGAGAUGCUGGAGCCACAAAGUAGAGAUCCCUGUUUAAAAGACAAAUUGACCAGAACUGAUUAUGGAGCAGAGUUAUUGAGACAAUAUCAGGAAAAUUUCUCUGAGGUGGUAACAGAUUCUGAGUUAAUGCUCAGUGCCAUCAUAACAGCUGUUAAUUUAACUACCCAUGAAAGAGAGGUAAUGGAACAGGUUGUGAAGAAAAAUACCACCUCAAAGAUAUUUAGCACUCUUACGUCCAUGGUUGUGGAUGAGCAAACGUUGGCAGUCGUUGCUCUUUGGCUGCUGCUCCUAGCAAUGCAAGAGUCCAAUCCAUCUCUGAAGUCACUGAUGGAAGAGAUUCGCAAAGAGCCUGGAGCAGAUGUUUUCUUUCAGAGUGUAAUCAACAGAGGAAAUAAAACUGCAGAAGUACUAGUGCGCUACAGUGAAUUAAUCACAAAGGCCUUUGGACAGUGUGAUAUUCUCAGUAAUGUACCCCCAGAAGACUCCGCUUUGACAAAUUUGGUUAAGGAGCUUCUAAAGGUUCCACAGCAGAGUGAAGACUGUGAGCUGCCUUCAAAGACGCUUUUGAGUUCAGCACUGGAGCACACUGUACCUGCCAUGUCAUUCUGCAGUUUGCUCUGCGCUGUUAAAAGUUCUUCUCCACAUCUUCAGCCAGUGAUAAAGGAAUUAAAGCAGCUAGAAAUACUUGUGGAAGAAGAAGAAGAAGAAGAUUUCCAAGAUGUAAGCAGGUGGAAUGUUAACAGUGAAUGCCAGCAAGUUGUUGAUGGUAGUGCUGAAGGAAAUGAUGAUGAUGAAGAAGAAGAAGAAGAGACAAAAGAUGAUGAAAAUGAGGAAAGAGAUUCCAGUAAGGAAAGCAAAGACUCUGUGCAGGAAAAGGGUUCCUCCAAAAAGAACUUUAUCUGCAAGUCCUGUGGCAAGAUUUUCCUUUUCCGUUGCCGUCUUGAAGUGCACAUGAAGCGAUGUCGAAUGGCAAAGCGAAAUCCUUUACAAUGCAAAGAUUGUAAUGAGAUUCAGUCUUCUAGAAAGGAACUCGACCAGCAUCGAGAAGUCGCCCAUGGCUGCUUGGUAUCUCCUCGUACAAAUAAAGGAAGGAGGAGAUUGCUUGUUACAUGCGAUAUCUGUGGCAAAGAGUUUGCACAUCCUUCAGGGCUUCAGUAUCACAAAAGGACGGAGCAUUUUGAUGAGAAGCCUUUCUCCUGUGAGGAAUGUGGAGCCAAGUUUGCUGCCAAUUCCACACUUAAAAACCAUCAACGUCUUCAUACAGGGGAGCGGCCUUUUGUCUGCAAACAUUGUCACAUGACCUUUACCCAGGCAGCUGCACUUUCCUACCAUACAAAGAAGAAACAUUCUGAAGGAAAGAUGUAUGCGUGCCAAUAUUGCGAUGCUGUCUUUGCACAAUCCAUUGAACUCACCCGACACGUUCGGACACACACAGGAGACAAGCCAUACGUCUGUCGAGAAUGUGGGAAGGGUUUUAGCCAAGCCAAUGGUCUUUCUAUACACCUAAGAACAUUCCAUAAUAUUGAAGAUCCUUAUGACUGCCAGAAAUGUAGAAUGAGUUUUCCUACCUUGGAAGAGAAUAGGCAACAUAUACAAGUUGUGCAUUCCAAGGAGUACCACCCGUGCCCAACAUGUGAUAAAAUCUUCAGUGCUCCUUCCCUGCUCGAGCGUCAUGUUGUCUCCCACGUAGGAGGGAAACCCUAUAAUUGUGAGAUCUGUGAUAAAGCUUAUCAGCAAUUGUCUGGCUUGUGGUAUCACAAUCGCACCCAUCAUCCGGAUCUGUUUGCUGCUCAGAAUCAUCGUUCCUACAAAUUCUCAACACAGUGCGGUUCCUGUGACCAGACCUUUCCAAACACAGCACUACUACAGAAACAUAUGAAAGCUGAGCAUCCCGAUGGUAAAGUAUAUGAAUGUGAUAAGUGCAAACAGACAUACCCAACUUCUGCAGCAUUGCAAGUACACAUCAAGUGCAAACACUCAGGGACACAGCCAUUCCUGUGCCUUUAUUGUACUGAUAGUUUUCAGUUCCCUGGAGCCUUACAGCACCAUGUUGCCACGGAACAUUUCCAUGAGAGCGAAAACACGUUUGGCUGUGAAAUUUGCGGGGAGCUCUUUACCGUUCACUCUCAGCUAGAAAGACACUAUGAAACGGAUCACCCUGAAGUAGUGCUCACAGAAACUCAAACAGCUGAUACACAAAUGGUACAGGUUAUUCAGACACAGGACCAAGCAGCGUCCGCAGAGCAAGUGAUAACUUUGGAUGAAUCUCAUCUGGCAGGUUCCCAAGUGAUAGUAGCUCUACCAGAUACUCAGGUCAAUCAGACGACUACAGAACUGGUAGCUGUCAGCAUGGAGGACUUUUUGGAUGGUACAGUCACUCUAAUUUGUUCAGAUCCAGUAACAGAAUUACCACAAAGAACUCAAAGUUAGGAUAAAUGUAAUAUAUCCACAUUGCAGAUCUGGACUACUUUUAUACCACUUGCAGAGCAUUGAUUCAUUGCCGUGCCACUUGUUUUUUUGUUUUGUUUUUUCUUAGAAUUUCAAUUUGAGAUCGUUAUUGAUUUUUUUCCCCCCUUAACUAUAAAUUUGCUACUUUUUUUUAUGGGGAUUGGUCCCUGUACCUGAUUUUUCUUUUUCCAAGCAAGAGUCUGCACAUGGUCAAGUUGGAUGAAACAAAAAUAGAACUUUUUUUUUUUGUCCUCUGCACUAUGUUUAGGCACAUUUUAAAAUAGGUACUUAUUUUAUCAUUGCAGCAGUCAUUUAAUAAUCCUCUGUGAGGAGUAACGCAAUACACAGAAGAGUCUAUAAAAAUGCACAAAGUAAAGUUCACAUAUCUCAUUGUUUAGCUUAGAGUGAAACAGCUCAUGGAUGUCAACCACCGUCCUAAGCAUUUCUCUUUCCUUCGGAAAAACUUUGUGUUCAUUUGAGAUUUAGAAAUAAGUUAAAAUAACAUAUAUUAGACAUCACUUAUGUUCUAGCUUAUAUACCGUUUUAAUUGUAUUUUUCAGUUUCCUUGGCAAAUUUAGCUGAUUUUGUAAAAGAAAGGGCUAUAUCUGACACUCUUAAAGGAGAAGGAAAGGCUAAAAUUAAGUAAGCUUUAUCAGAAAGGUCUAUUUAAAUACACCAGUAAACCCUCAAAGUAGUGCUGCUCUGAGUCCUCUGUCAAAAGCAACACAGCA